CAAGGACCAAGUCUGCCCUCUAACCAUUUUACCGGUGGGGAAACCCGAGGCCCAGAGAAGGGGAAAUCCUAAUUAAGUUCACGCCGAGCUGAGAGCAGAAGCCCGGGCCAAGGUUUUCUCUGCGAAGAUGGGACUGCGGGUGCGCGCUUUUGGGGGGCACAGUCCGUGUGGGAGCUGGGGACGAAGUCCGGGCACCAACGAUGCUGGCUAGGGGAUCGAGACUGCGUGUGAGGCAGGACUCUUUGCUGCCUCGGUUUCCACAGCACCACCCCUGGGGGGGGGGGAUCCGGAGACAAGGCAGCUUGCCCCCCGCGCGUCUGCACAGUCCGACCGUCCUUAGGCUGUCCCCCGCUUCCCCAGGUCUGAGCGAGACUCUUUUCUGCGCGCUACCUCCUAGCCCUUUAACAGCCAGUCCUUCCGCUCGAGCCUCUCGGCGUUCUAUUGGAAAGGCGCUGGGCUUUCGGUCCGCACUCUGCAAUGAACUGCUCAGACUGCCGCGGGAGCUUUCCUGGAGCCGCAACUGCGCAGGCGUAAGGGCAGCACCCCGGAAGGCGGAAGAGCCGGUUCGGCCCGUGGGGGUCGGGGCCGGAGAGUGUGUUAGCCGAUGACCUGAAGGAGUAGGGAGGGCGGGGCCAGGCCCGCGGGUGCUUAAUGCUACCCCGGCGGGAGGUGACUUAAGCAAUGGGGUGAAGAGUGGUUCAACGGCCCCCAGCGUCACCGCCCUUCUAGCUCGCGGAAGUUAAGCAGCGGGGAGGCGGGCCUAGGACCGGAAGCAGGAAGGAGGGCGCCGGAAGCAGGGCGCCGUCGCCUGUCGCGCUGUGGGGCCGCGGGUCUGUAGGUCCAGCGGGCAGGAUGGAGAAGCUGCGGCUGCUGGGCCUCCGCUACCAGGAGUACGUGACGCGUCACCCGGCCGCCACGGCCCAGCUGGAGACGGCAGUGCGGGCCCUCAGUUACCUGCUGGCAGGUCGUUUCGCCGAUUCGCACGAGCUGUCAGAGCUGGUGUACUCUGCCUCUAACCUGCUUGUGCUGCUCAAUGACGGGAUCCUACGGAAGGAGCUUCGGAAAAAGCUGCCAGUGUCGCUGUCCCAGCAGAAGCUGCUGACGUGGCUGAGCGUGCUGGAGUGCGUGGAGGUCUUCAUGGAGAUGGGCGCCGCCAAGGUGUGGGGCGAAGUGGGGCGUUGGCUCGUCAUCGCCCUCAUCCAGCUGGCCAAGGCUGUUCUGCGGAUGUUCCUGCUGAUCUGGUUCAAGGCUGGCCUCCAGACCUCGCCCCCCAUUGUUCCGCUGGACAGGGAGACCCCGGCGCAGCCCCAGGAUGGUGACCACAGCCCUGGCAGCCAGGAGCAGUCAUAUGUGGGGAAGCGGUCAAACCGAGUGGUGCGAACCCUCCAGAACACUCCGUCCCUGCACUCGAGGCAGUGGGGAGCCCCCCAGCAGCGCUGCGAGGAGCUGAGCGCCACGGCCACCCCACUGGGGCUGCAGGAGACCGUCGCAGAGUCCUUGUACAUCGCCCGGCCCCUGCUGCACCUGCUCAGCCUGGGCCUGUGGGGUCAGCGGUCGUGGACACCCUGGCUCCUGUCCGGGGUCGUGGAUGUGACCAGCCUGAGCCUCCUGAGUGACAGGAAGGGCCUGACCCGGAGGGAGCGGCUGGAGCUGCGGCGCCGGACCAUCCUGCUGCUCUACUACCUGUUGCGCUCCCCGUUCUACGACCGCUUCUCCGAGGCCAAGAUCCUCCUUCUGCUCAGGCUGCUGGCAGACCACGUCCCAGGUGUUGGCCUGGUCACGCGGCCACUCAUGGAUUACUUGCCUACCUGGCAGAAAGUUUAUUUCUACAGUUGGGGCUGACAGACAUUCCACAGUUGCGGUGUGGGGAGGGGCAGGGGGCACCUCCACCCUUCCGUCCCCUGGGCCCCUCUGCCCUAAUAAAACUGACUCUGGCAGUG